AGCUCCAGUUGGAACAGGACGCCAGGGAAGACAGCUGGGAAGAGGGACAUUUAGUUUGGUGAGUUUACUGGGCCCUUCUAGCAUUUUAGGACCUUGGCUCGCGGUCGCUGUCUCCGCUGGAGUUUCUUAUUUCAGAUACCAAUUCGUCCUGCAGUGUUGGGACUGAUUGACCAUUAAGCGGUGGCCAUGUCUGGGAGUGGCUGGAAUCAGUGAUCCCACUCGGGAGGGAGACUGCACCGCCGAGUUCCGACAUUUUCUACCGCCUGAGAAGGGCCUUUCCACUUCGACCAGCCUCCGGGGGCUCUGGGAAGAGCCGGCUUCACUCCCGCGCGCAGAAACUUGGCUGAGCUAGUACCAUGAAAGAAGAGGUGAAGGGAAUUCCUGUUAGAGUGGCACUGCGUUGUCGCCCCCUGGUCUCUAAAGAGAUCAGUGAAGGCUGCCAGACAUGCCUUUCCUUUGUGCCUGGAGAGCCUCAGGUGGUGGUUGGUACUGAUAAAUCAUUUACCUACGAUUUUGUGUUUGACCCCUCUACUGAACAGGAAGAGGUCUUUAAUACAGCCGUAGCUCCACUCAUAAAAGGCAUAUUUAAAGGAUAUAAUGCAACUGUCCUAGCCUAUGGGCAGACUGGAUCUGGAAAAACCUAUUCAAUGGGAGGUGCAUACACUGCAGAGCAAGAACAUGAAUCAACUAUUGGGGUCAUUCCCAGAGUAAUACAACUGCUCUUCAAAGAAAUUAAUAAAAAGAGUGACUUUGAAUUUAGUCUGAAAGUGUCUUACUUGGAGAUUUAUAAUGAAGAAAUUUUGGAUCUUCUAUGUCCAUCUCGUGAGAAAGCUUCUCAAAUAAAUAUCCGGGAGGAUCCUAAGGAAGGCAUAAAGAUUGUGGGGCUCACAGAGAAGACCGUGCUAGUUGCCUCCGACACAGUUUCCUGUCUAGAGCAGGGUAACAACUCCAGGACUGUGGCCUCCACAGCUAUGAACUCCCAGUCAUCUCGCUCUCAUGCCAUCUUUACAAUCUCCAUAGAACAAAGGAAGAAAAAUGACAAAAAUAGCAGUUUUCGUUCCAAGCUGCAUCUUGUAGACCUUGCUGGAUCAGAAAGACAGAAGAAAACCAAGGCAGAAGGAGAUCGUCUGAAAGAGGGUAUUAAUAUUAACCGAGGCCUUCUGUGCUUGGGAAAUGUAAUCAGUGCUCUUGGAGAUGACAAAAGGGGUAACUUUGUGCCCUACAGAGAUUCCAAGCUGACUCGACUGCUUCAAGAUUCUCUAGGAGGCAAUAGCCAUACUCUUAUGAUAGCUUGUGUGAGUCCUGCUGAUUCCAAUCUAGAGGAAACAUUAAAUACCCUUCGCUAUGCUGACAGAGCGAGAAAAAUCAAGAACAAGCCUAUUAUUAAUAUUGAUCCCCAGGCAGCUGAACUUAAUCAUCUUAAAAAACAGGUCCAGCAGCUGCAGGUCUUGUUGCUGCAAGCCCAUGGAGGUACUUUGCCAGAAAAUAUAAAUGUGGAACCAUCAGAAAAUCUACAGUCCCUGAUGGAGAAGAAUCAGGCUCUGGUGGAAGAGAAUGAAAAAUUAAGUCGUGGCCUGAGUGAGGCAGCUGGUCAGACAGCCCAAAUGUUGGAGAGGAUCAUUUUGACAGAACACGCAAACGAGAAAAUGAGCACCAAGCUAGAAGAACUCAGACAGCAUGCAGCUUGUAAGGUGGAUCUUCAAAAGCUAGUGGAUACAUUGGAAGAUGAAGAAUUAAAAGAAAACAUAGAGAUCAUUUGCAACCUUCAACAAAUUAUUACCCAGUUAUCUGUAAGCCAAGAUGAAGCUGUUUCUUGCAUGACUGCAACCAUUGAUACUGCAGUGGAAGCAGACACUCAAGUGGAAACCAGUACAGAUACCAGCAGGUCUUCAAAUAUUUUCAACACUCAACAUGCCCUACAUCAGGCUCAGAUGUCCAAGGAGCUGAUUCGGUUGAAUAAAGAACUUGCAUUGAAAGAGGCCCUAGCUAAGAAGAUGACUCAGAAUGACAACCAACUGCAGCCCAUUCAGUCCCAGUACGAGGAUAACAUUAAAAAUCUAGAAUUGGAAGUCCUCAGUCUACAGAAGGAAAAAGAAGAAUUGGUUCUUGAACUUCAAACAGCAAAGAAGGAUGUCAACCAAGCCAAGUUGAGUGAACGCCGUCGCAAGCGUCUUCAGGAGCUGGAGGGUCAAAUAGCAGAUUUGAAAAAGAAACUACAUGAACAGUCCAAACUUUUGAAGCUGAAGGAAUCCAGUGAGCAUACUGUCUCCAAGCUGAACCAGGAGAUACGGAUGAUGAGAAACCAGCGAGUACAAUUAAUGCGUCAAAUGAAAGAGGAUGCUGAGAAGUUUAGACAGUGGAAGCAUGAAAAAGACAAAGAAGUAAUCCAGUUAAAAGAACGGGAUCGUAAGAGGCAAUAUGAGCUGCUCAAACUUGAAAGAAACUUCGAGAAACAGUCUAAUGUGCUCAGACGUAAAACUGAAGAGGCCGCAGCUGCCAACAAGCGUCUUAAGGAUGCUCUCCAAAAGCAAAAGGAGGCUGCAGAUAAACGGAAAGAGACUCAAAGCCGUGGGAUGGAAGGCACUGCAGCUCAAAUGAAGAAUUGGCUUGGAAAUGAAAUUGAGGUUAUGGUCAGUACUGAGGAAGCCAAAAGGCAUCUGAAUGACCUUCUUGACCAUAGAAAGAUCCUUGCUCAGGAUGUGGCACAGCUCAAACAAAAAAGAGAAUCUGGAGAGAAUCCACCUCCUAAACUCCGAAGGCGCACAUUCUCACCUGAUGAAGUACGCAGUCAUGAUUCAGAGGCAGAGAGUUCUAUUACAAAGGAGAUUGAAAGCCUAGAGACUGAACUGGAGCUCAGGAGUGCUCAGAUUGCAGACCUACAGCAAAAGCUUCUGGAUGCUGAAAGUGAAGACAGGCCAAAACGGCGCUGGGAGAGUAUUGCCACAAUUCUGGAAGCCAAAUGUGCCAUAAAGUAUUUAAUUGGAGAGCUGGUCUCCUCCAAAAUACAGGUGAGCAAGCUUGAAAGCAGCCUGACUGAGAGCAAAGCCAACUAUAUUGAUGCACAGAAAAUGCGGUAUGAGGAGAAAAAUCAUUUUGCUGAGGUAGCGACAGAGCUAAAAGCAAAGCUGGUCAAAGUGGAGCAACAGCACCAAGAAAAGGUGUUGUACCUUCUCAGUCAGCUGCAACAGUGCCAAAUGACCGAGAAGCAGCUGGAGGAGUCAAUUAGUGAAAAGGAACAGCAGCUGCUGAACACACUCAAGUGUCAGGAUGAAGAGCUUAGAAAGAUGCAAGAAGUGUGUGAGCAAAAUCAGCAGCUUCUCCAAGAAAACAAUGCCAUCAAGCAGAAACUGACCCUCCUCCAAGUAGCCAGCAAAGAGAAACCCCAUCUUAUGAAGAAUAUCCUUCCGUCUCCAGACUCUUCCUUUGAAUAUAUUCCACCUAAGCCCAAACCUUUCCGUGUUAAAGAAAAAUGCCCAGAGCAAAGUUUGACCAUCGAGGAUCUACAGUAUGAUUCAGAGCCUUCUGUGACUGAGCCGGAGAAUGGUGACAAUGAUGACCAUGCUGAUGAGGAGUGGAUUCCAACAAAAUUAGUCAAGGUGUCCAAGAAGAUCACCCAUGGGUGUUCCUGCAAAGGAUGGUGUGGGAACAAGCAGUGUAGAUGCAGAAAGCAAAAGUCACACUGCAAUGUGGCCUGCUGCUGUGACCCCACAAAAUGUCGGAACCGCCAACAGAGUCAGGAUAACCCGGACGCUAUUGAUCAAGCCCAGGAUUCUGAAAACUCCUUCAAACUGGAAGAUCCCACGGAAGUGACUCCAGGAUUAAGCUUCUUCAAACCUGUCUGUGCAACCCCCAAUAGCAAGAUCCUGAAAGAGAUGUGUGUCGUAGAUCAGAUGCUGCUGAAGAAGCCUGCUUCUGUUCCUUCCUCUGACCCCACAGAACUGAAACCUAUAGCAACAGAAUCACAAGAAAAUAAUGCCAUGGGGAAGAAGAAGAAGCGAGUUCUAGCCAGCAAUACCAGCUUCUUCUCUGGUUGCUCUCCUAUCCAGGAAGAGUCCCACUGAGGUUAGGCCAUUGUCUCGUCUGUCUGCCCUGGACAUGCUUUCAGGGUGCAGCACAGAGGGGCAGGGCGUCAAUGACUUCUAUAGCUUUUAGGUCUUGCUGUUGAGAAAAGGAGAAAAGUAUCACUGAAAGGAAGAGGACCUUUGCUGAAAGUCGGUCUUUACUAUCUAAGCCUUCCACUCCCAAACUACUUUUCUUCUCUAGAAGGGCCAAGCCUUCUAUUGGAGAGAGAACCAACUGACCUUGCUGAUGACUCAUGAGGAGCCAGUCCCCAGUACAAUCUAGCUCUCUGUGAGCGGUUCAGUUGUCUCUUCAUGGAGCCAAGGCCAACAUGCUCUUCUCUUGAGGCCAUGUCAGCUUAAUGAAGGAGCCUCAUGCAGGGUGGAGACCUGGUUCAACUCCCUCACUGCACCUCAGGAAUGGGGCUGGGAGCUUUCCUGCUUUAUUCCAACUCUGGAGUUUAAGAAAACUUUUAACUGUCUGUGUUACAGUUCACUCUGUAUGUGAAUGAAAAUUUUAAGUGUUAAGAAAAUAAAGAAACCUUAGCUCAUCUACUGUUUGAGGGAGAUCCUUCUAUGCUAGAAGAAAUAAAAUUCCAACAUGUGUGUGUUCCUCAGCCCCUGAGAAGUCAAUUAAGGAAAUUCAUUACAAUUUCUCCACUGAUCCACAUACUCCCUUAUUCUGGGAAAGCUGCCUAGUUUGUUCAGUGUUUUGUUUUGUUUACAGGGAUAGGGAUUGAGCACAGGGCA